AUGGCCACUGAGACUACCGUGCGCCCCUCUAAUUCCCCCGAUGCUACCUCAGAAGCCCGUGCUGCCUUCCUUGCCUCCCUGAAAUCCGUUGGUUCAAAUCUAGACUCGGAUCUACGUUCUCGGGCCACGAAUCUCCAUGAAAACGCUGCCAUUCUUCAAAAACAAGAGGACGAGCUAAAACGAACAACAAAGCAACUCUUCAAACAAGGAAAUGAGCUGGAAAAACUGGCAGACCAGGGUCAUCACGGCUUAAAAGAAGUUGGAGAUUUGCAAAAUUGGGCUGAAAUGAUGGAGCGCGACCUCUUGGUUGUUGAGGAAACACUUCGGCUUGCAGAGGAAGAAGACCUGAGAAAUGGACGAAUGAAGGCACAUCAGGAUGGAUCACAGCGGAGUAGGCUAAGGCGGUGGUUCUGA